AUGCAAGGGUGUUUCGCGUCGCUACUACGUGUACAGUCGGCGCUUCAAAUGUUUCAUCGUCAGUACAAGAGAGCAAGUGAUUUUUCGUCGAAGCUUCAUGUUCUUGGAGAUCCGGCGUUCUGGGAUGAGCUCAGAGAGGCAGAGGCGGUUAUUGCACCGCUAUCUCUCGCUUCGUAUCGACUUCAAAGAGACGAAAGCACCGUCGGAGACGUAGUUCGCUCAUUUGGCGAUAUCUGCAAGGGAUUUCAGCAGCACCUUGUUCAUCAAGAAAAACUGAUCGAGUGCGUCGAAGAUCGCUGGGAACAGUGCGAGCAACCCUUAUUUAUGCUUGGGUUUGCUUUGCAUCCUGUAUACGUGGAGUGUUCGAGAGAGCUACCGGAGACUGCACACCGAGAAAAUUGGCUAACUCCGACGUGA